AUGGUGCAGUCUCUGGGCUUCGCCAUCUACCGAGCGCUGGAUUGGGGCCUGGAUGAGAACGAGGAGCGAGAGCUGAGCCCCCAGCUGGAGCACCUCAUCGACCUGAUGGCCAACAGCGACUCCGAGGACAGCGGCUGCGGAACGGCCGACGAGGGCUACGAGGGGCAGGAGGAAGAGGAGGAGGCGGUGGAGGGGGGCCACCUGCGAGCGGUGCGCACCUUCAGCCAAGCCAUGCGGCUCUGUGCGGCGCGCCUCACCCACCCCCAGGAGGCCCAAGCCCACUACCAGGCGGUCUGCAGGGCCCUCUUCCUGGAGACAGUGGAGCUGAAGGCCUUUCUGGCCAAGAUCCGUGAGGCCAAGGAGAUGCUGACGAAGCUGAAGGAGGAGGAAGAUGAGCGGAAGGACCAAUCGGCAGCGGAUCUGGACAACCUGCAGAACACGGACUGGGCUCGCCUCUGGGUCCAGCUGAUGAGGGAGCUUCGGCACGGGGUCAAGCUCAAGAAGGUCCAGGAGAAGCAGUUCAACCCACUGCCCACCGAGUACCAGCUGACCCCCUUUGAGAUGCUCAUGCAGGACAUCCGGGCUCGCAACUACAAGCUCCGCAAAGUCAUGGUGGACGGCAAGAUUCCUCCCAAAGUGAAGAAGAACGCUCAUGAGCUUAUCCUGGACUUCAUUCGGUCCCGGCCCCCCUUGAGACAGGCUUCCGAGCGGAGGCUGCGCCCGAUUCCCCAGAAGCAGCGGACGCUCCAUGAGAAGAUUCUCGAGGAGAUCAAGCAAGAGAGGAAGCUUCGGCCGGUGCAGUCCCAGAAAGGCUUUGGCUCUCUGCCCUGCCUCCUGAACGCCUGUCCCAGCGACCUCAAGUCCACCUCCUGCAUCAACCUCUCUGUCUCCAACUCCAGCAGCGCCCCACCUCAGUGCCCGAGGCCGAGGGUCUUGCUGAAGGCGCCCACGCUGGCCGAGAUGGAGGAGAUGAACAUUUCGGAAGAGGAAGAUUCUCCCAGCACGGAAGGGGUGGAGGACCCAGGCCCCUUGAUGCCGCUGAAGCGGGACCGCUCCUUUUCCGAGCAGGACUUGGCUCAGUUCCAGAGUGGUGGCAGUGGCGGCAGCACCGAACUGGACUUGGAGAGCCUGGGAGGCAGCGGGUUGGAGCCAAGGCCCCGCUCAGGUACCCCCAGCCCUGCAUGGACCGGCUGCAUGGAAAAGGAGGGUUCCGUUCCAGCCAGUUACCACCAGGGCCCCUACGGUGGCACCAGUGCCUUGCCCUCCGGCCAGGGCGUCCUCAGCGCCGUGGAUGAGAAGUCGGAAGCGGGCUGUGGCCCCGCCCCAGAGGCCAACGUGAAACAUUUGUGGCUGCAGGAGUUCAGCCACCCGGUGGAGAGCCUGGCGCUCACCGUGGACGAGAUGAUCAACGUGCGACGGGUGCUGGUGAAGGCGGAGAUGGAGAAGUUCCUGCACAGCAAGGAGCUCUACAGCAGCCUGAAGAAAGGGAAGAUCUGUUGCUGCUGCAGGACCAAGUUUGCCCUUUUCUCCUGGCCCCCCGUCUGCCUCUUUUGCAAAAGGUCUGUCUGCAGCUCCUGCAGCCUGAAGAUCAAGAUGCCUUUGAAGAAGCUUGCCCACAUCCCCGUCUUCGCCUUGGGCUUUGAGACCUUGCCGGGCUCCUUGGGGGCCAAGGCACCCCCAUAUCGGAGGAGGGAGGCAUUUUGCUCCUUGCAGGGCACGCGCUGGCGCAGCGUGGAGGAGGAGUUCCCCAUCAUCUACGCACACGGCUCCGUGCUCAAGGACGUGUGCAGUGACUGCUCGGGCUUCGUCACCGACGUGGUCAGCUCCAGCCGCAAGAGCAUGGACAUCCUGAACAGAACGCCCUGCCGGAGCCGCAAGACGCAGUCCCUCUACAUCCCCUCCAGCUAGCCGGCUCGGCUCCCGGAACACGCACACACGCUCCACCGCUGUGCCCCCUCCCCCGACUCCACUUCUGACUGGGUUGGACUCUCUCUUGGUGUUUGCACCAGUGAGGAAGACACCGUCUCUCUGUCGGAGGGCCUGUCCUUGGGGCUUCUGGAGACUCACUCCCUGCCCUGCUGCAUGUCCACGCAGCUGACUGCCUCGUCCCCGCCAUGAGCGCCUGCUGCCUGAGCGUGUACAUAGAUGCAUAUGUUGGGGGGGGCCCCCCUCUUUGGGCCGUGUUUGGACUGGCACUUCCUUGCCUGCGAGGCUGAGUGGCCCUUCGGCCCUCCCUUGGGACAACUUGGCUGAGUGGCCCUUCGGCCCUCCCUUGGAGAGCUGGUGAGCAGGGGUCGGGCUGUGACUCCCCUUCCGGCCGCCCUGACCCACCUCGCUGGCUCGUCUGGAGGGGGUCUCCCCCAGACCCAGCUGGGCGGAAGGGCCUGCCCCUGUCUGCGUGCCUCCUGAGCUUGAGAGAGCAGCGGCCCCUUCAGCUGCCUGCCCAUCCGUCUCCUGGAGCCGAUCUCCCCUUGGCUUCGGCUUUCCUUCUCCUGCGGUGUCUUGAUUCCUCCAUCUUUCUUUCUUCCCACAGCGGGGAGAGAAGGGGGAGUUUUUAAAGACAUGCCUUCAGACCGUCCUUGCCUGCCCUCUUUUUAUUUAAGGUGGUGCCAAGCGGAGGUGGGGGGGGUCUCUCUUCCCUGUCCUCCUGCCGUGUUUUCCUAACCCAGCAAAUAAUAAAAUGCCUGAUUGUUUUGUUGAAGUGUUUAGAGAGCAUUUCUGGCUCGGGGGAGGACACG